CUCCUGUAUUUUCAGUAUGUGUUGUUUACUUGUUUGAUGAUUGAAAAUUGCCUGUCCUUUUUUAAACAUUCUUAACUGAAAUUUAUCGGUCAUGAUUCACAGUGUCUAUUUUUAUCUGAAGUCAGCUACGAUGAUGUUAUUUGGGAUAAAAAUAAAUAUCACAUUUUUGAACCAGUGACCUAACAGAAUGGGACAAAAUACAAAGUAUUCUGUUUUUAGCUGUACGGUUUUACAAAAUUAUUGUAAAGCACUGACAACUCUCGAACAAGAAAUGUGAGAGAGAUUAUUAGAAGCAAUAAAAAUCCUUUUCGAGGCCCAGAAGUUUCUUCUAGUACUUCAGAACCAUUGGUUGAGCAGAAGUUGGAAUCCCCUGACAAUUUAAUUACUAACGACGAUGAAAACCCGCUCAUCGAUUUCAAUAACACAAUUCACACCGAUUCAUUAACAUUUAGGAGAGACAAAUGUAGUUCGUGGUCGAGUAACUCAAACGAUAAAAGUGUUUCAAGAUGGCUUGAAACACAUUUUCAUGACCAAAACGAUAGUGAUUUUAUAUGGGACGGUCAACAUGACAAUGACAUAUUGACACCAUGCUCAGACAAAAAAGGUGAAGACUUCAAAUGUGGACAAAAUUUGGACACGAUAGGGGAUAGUUUAGACUUGAAUAUAAAUCCAAGAUUAGGAAAUAUCUGUAUGGAUUUGAACGAAGUUUCAGGUGAUGAUGGUGAUUUACAAUACACAGAUAUCAAUGAGAAAACAGAUACUCCACCUCCAUGUUUAGUCAGACCUUCAUCUAAUUCAAUCAACACUGCACGCCAGAUAAGUGGUUUUAAUGAUGAAUUAAAACUGAUAACCUCAACUUCGUAUGAUGACAAUCGACGUAAUUCCGCAGCGACUGUUAUACAAAAGUUUUGGAGACUUCAUAGGAGAAGAUAUUUAGCAGCGGAAGCCGUAAUGUAUCGUCUGCUUGACAAUCAAAAACGCAGAUUAAGUAAACAGAACAUGAAUAAUGGACGACCCAUUCAUUCAGUUCUACAAAGUCGUCAAAAUGAGUUAAAACAGAAAAGGAAACAACAACACCAAAAUGCUAUUAAAAUUUUGCAGGAGAAUCGAUCCUCUAAAAGUUCGCAAAGUCAAGAAACUUUAGAGGAUAAGGCAGAAGUAAAUGAUGUGUCUGAAUCAAUUCUUGUAUCUGGUAACCGAAAGGACCGUACAAAUGAAGACAAAUCAAACAUUUUGAAUAAGCCUAUAUUUACUACCAAUGCUAAUCAAUGUAAAACUUACAGCUCUGAUAUUCAUAUUACCACAACUACAGAACAAAAUGUACACAAUGAAAUUGCACAAGUCUGUAGGGAGAACAGCAGUCUCUGUCAGACUGAGUUUUGCGGUCUACGGAAAGAUGGAAAUAACAGGGCACUUGGUCAACAAAAAAAUGUAUCUGGGGAAAAGAAUAUGUCAGCUGUAGAUAACAUACUUCAGGAAUUAAAACAGCUAGAAAGUGUGGAAUUCUUAAAUUAUUGCCCAACGAAUGAUCAAUGUAUUGAUGUCUCAAAACAGGUUUCCUUGCAGAAGUGUCCCAUUCCAACUACAUGGUCUGAAAUGGUCAAGGACAUUAGUCGUGUCCUAUCUGAGGCUGAACAAGAUGAAGUGCAUUCAGUCAACUUCAGGAAAUAUUGUAGUGUUCAACGAUCUACAGGCUUAAAAGGUGUUCGAAAUCGAUCUGAUUCUACAUUAUCCAAUUAUUCUUCACUUGGUCAGUCAAAUUGGUCUGGUUCAUCUACAAUAACUACAAACAGACAUACGUUCCUGAGUGAAGAGAAUUUGCAUUCACAUACCAAACAUAUGGAACGGGUUUGUUCACGACAAAAGGCCCAAAAAGAACUGGAUCAAUCUAUAUCUCAAUGUCGAGAAAAAUUGACUACUUUCAUCCAGUCAAAUCAUAAUAAUGUAUGUCAUAAUCUUCCAGAACCAAAAGGCGGUGAUCCUGGUACUAAUCAACACACAAAGUAUUCUAAGAGUCGAAACUCUGCUACAUCACAAAGACCAUCUUCUGUAAAAAACCAAACAACUUCUAGAUCUUUACAAUGUAACUGCUUUAAGAGCCCUAUGAAUCUAUCAAAUGCUCAUUUGCUGCAUACAAAUUCUGUUGGAACAAAAGCUGAAAAUAAAUUGUCUUACAAAAGUCAUAUGGGGCGUAGUACACAAAAUCUUUAUGAUAGUGUAUCACUGAAGGACGGAAUGAAGCAGAUAAUUCAAAGCGACGAUGGACGUAUCACUACUGACAAUGAAUGUUUGAUGUUGGAACUUGAAGAGAAAAAAGGUCAAAUAAAACGCUUACAGAGAAUUAUAGAGCAUCAAAGAGAACUGUUUUUAAGGCAGUCGGAAGACACACAGCGAGAUGGUGAUCGAAGAAUAGAAUCAAUUAAAGCUGAUUAUGAAUGUACAAUUAACCGAAAUUAUAAACUAAUUGAUGAACUAAUUGAAGAGAAAAAAGUACUUCAUACAAAAUGUGAAGAAUUUUUAGAAGAACUAAAGACAGUGACAAAGAAAACGAACGAAAAAAUCAAAGCACUUGAAGAAAGACACAAAGUCGAGAUGCGAAAAGUAGAGGCCAAACAUUUAGCUGCGGAAAAGCUGCGCCGGGAAAAGUGGGAGACAGAAAAAGCAAAACAUUUUAAAGAAGUUACUAUUCGUGGGAUGGAAAAUGAAGUAGCCCAAAUGAUCGCAAAUCACAAGGCUGAAAUGGCAAGUUUGCGUCAGUCAUGCGCUCAACAAAUUCAAGCAGCUGAUGUACGCGCCUAUCAAGCUUAUAUUAGUCACAUUGAAGAACUAAAACAGACGUUGAUAAAAGAAAAAGAUGAAGCCUGCUGUAGAGAAAGAGAACUUGUUGAACAACGAUUAAAUCAAACUUUAACAGAAGAACGUAAUUCUUUGGAAGCCCAUAGACGUAGAUUGUUAGAUGAGAUUUCUGAUGAACGUGAAAGAUUGGCAUUGACUGCAUCUAAACAAAGGGCUGAAAUGGAUACUCUUAGGAACAAUUUAGAAGUUGCCUUGACACAAGCUAACGAACAACAUAAAAUGGAAAUUGAACAAUUAAGGGCGGAUUUGAUUCAAAGACAUAAGGAUGAAAUAGCUGAGUUGAAUCAACGUAAUUUGGCUGAACGUACAGCAUGGGAAGAACAUACUAAGUCAUUGUUGGAAUCCCAGUAUACUUCUAGAGAGACUAUACUGAAGGAACAGCUCAAGAAAGAACGAGAUCGCUUGUUAGAAUCUGCAGUUCAACGUCUUGAAGCUGAAGCAAAUGAAGCAAGGUUAGAAACUGAUCGUCAAGCAGAACUGAAGGUGAAACGUGUACGUGAAAAAUUCCAAGCUGAAAUAGAGGAACUUGAAAGAUCAGAGAGACAAGCAAUGGAGAAAUAUUGUCUGAUGAAGACUCAAUUUUUAGAUAAAGAGCAUGAAGGAGAUAGACUUCGGUCACAGUUGACGCAGAAAGAUCAGGAGUUAACUGAAGUUCGCUUAUUAUACGAAAAACUUAAUCAAGAACGCCAAAACAUUUCAGAUGUAAUACGUCAGGAAUUUGCUGAUCGCCUUGUUUAUGUGGAAGAAGAAAAUAGGUCGAUGAAACGUGAGUUAGCCGAACUGAAGGCCCGUUUAAAGGCUGAACAAGAAAGACAUGAAAAAGAAAUUGAUGCUAUUAAGAAAUUGAACAACUCAGAAAUAGAAACAGUUCACCUAAAAAUUAAAGAGAUCAUUAAAAAGAAAGAGGAAAAAUUCGCCAUAUUGCGAGAAAGCUUUCAAAAUGAACUUGAGAAGAAGGAUCGUGAAUUGGACGCAGCCAAUCAGAGAGCUCAACAUUUGGAAGAGUUGAUAGACCAUCAAAACAAACAGUUUCUACAAGCCAAUCACUAAUACUUUUUAAUAAAAAGUAUUUUGAAGAUGAUUCAUUUGAAAAUACCCAAUCGUUGCUUAAUUAUCUCUACCAUGGCAACCUUGCCUACCAAGUUUUUAAAUUAAAAACUGCUGCAUGCUAUAGGUUUUUGAUUAUAGCAUUCUACGUUAUUUCUAGAACAAAAAAUCAUUCUAAUAAGCCUACCGAUCAAAAUAUUUUAACUCGAAAAUUGAUCCAUUCCUUUUACGUGAUUACUGGCCUGUAUGGCUUUCCAUAAAAAGCACCACAACAGUGAAAUAUGAACAUUUAGUUAUUUACUGGACAGAUAACUGGAAAAACAAGUAUACAAAUAUAACUCUACACAAAAAUUUCUGGGUUUAAGGUUUCACACGUCGUAUGAGAAUAGGAAAUCAACAAAAGUGAAAAACAAAAUGAAAUAAACCGUUUUAAGUUCGGGAAAAUAUAAAUGUAAGGAAGAAAUAAACUACCACUUACUAAUAGUUCUAUUAUUAUCAAACCCGAAAUGAAAAUUCAAAGAGGAGUCUACUUACUUAAGUAAAAGCAGAGAAAUGAAACCAACUGUUGAUUUUAUGAAAUAAAAUAUACUCGCACACGUUUUAAGUUUAUAUUUUCAUGCUCCCAGUAUGUCUUGGAAAAUAAGACG